UUAAUAAAGCUCCCCAAUCAAUUGUCAACUUUCCAACACUCAGAAAACGAAAGACAGAGAGAGAUAGAGAAAACGAUGAAGCGCUCCAUUUAUUCAGUCAUCCUUCUGGUAUCCUUGUUCUUUGUAUCAGACACUAAUGGAGCUUCCAACUCUGAUGAUGAAUGUGUAUACACAGUGUAUGUUAAAACAGGGUCAAUCAUAAAAGCUGGAACAGAUUCAAAGAUCAGUGUUAUAAUAGGAGAUGCCAAAGGCAGAUCUGUGAAUAUUCCAAAUCUCGAAGCAUGGGGAGGUACAAUGGGACCAAAUUAUGAUUACUUCGAAUGGGGUAAUCUUGAUAUUUUUACUGGAAGAGGCCCAUGUAUUGAUAGACCAGUAUGUAGCAUGAAUGUAACAUCUGAUGGUUCAGGUUUACAUCAUGGAUGGUAUUGUGAUUAUAUUGAAGUUACUUCAACUGGUCCUCACAAGAGAUGUAGUCAGAGUAUCUUUCAUGUUGAGCAAUGGCUUGCUAAUGAUGCUCCUCCUUACAGACUCUCUGCUUAUCUCAAUGGGUGUGCCAAGAAACCACAGGGGUUUCUUAGAAAUGGACCCUUUGUUGUUAGAAACAACAAAAAUGUCAUUCAAGAAGUUGUCGUCUGAAGAAGGUUAUGCAUGUUUGAAUGCAGCGUGUGGAAUGAGAUGCUUGAGUUCUUUGAUGUGUUGUCGAAUUUGAUUUGGUUGUGAUUCUCAAUAAAUAAAAAUUUGUGCAAUCGUUCACUUCAUUUCCUUUUAUUCUGUUUACAAUUUACAGCAGCCUUGUAAGUUUUUCAGAAUUAAAUUGAGGUAUGGGAAAUGAUAUAGCUAGGUACACUUGCUUCAA